ACAGUCGCUUCAUUACACCGCGAGAAGAGAGGCCACGCGUGUUCUCUCCGCGAUAGAGAGGAGUUACGAUCCCUUCCCUCCUCACAAGAAGGCCGGCUGACGGCGUGCACGGGUGUCUUCGUAUUCUCUCCGUCGGAAGUCCGUCGUCCAGAACGUUUGUGUUUGUGGUGUUGUGACUCUUGGGUCAAAGACGCCCCGUCAUGCCGGCGGACAAUUUUCGCACAGGACUAAAACGAUGGGUGCAAGGAGAAGGCUCCGUGAAGACUACUCUCAUCGCCGGAUUGGCGGAGAUGAUCGGUACAGCCAUGCUAGUAUUUAUGGGAUGCAUGGGUUGCAUCGCCGGUCUCGGCGUAGUGCCUCCUCACCUGCAGAUAACGCUGGCAUUUGGCUUAGCGGUUAUGGUUGUGAUUCAGUGCAUCGGCCACAUCAGCCAAGCUCACAUUAACCCGGCCGUCACCGUGGGAUCUAUCAUCCUGGGGAAAAAAACCAUUCCCGAGGCUUUAGUUUACAUUGUGUCGCAGAUGAUAGGCGGCAUUCUGGGUUACGGUAUACUGAAGGUGGUGACACCGAGGGAUAAUCUGACGGCCGGCACGGUCGAUCAGGCCGAUAUGUUUUGCGUGACCGAUCUGCACGCCGAUCUGUCCGGGAUUCAGGGCCUGGUUAUGGAGGGCCUCGCGACCGCCAUUCUGAUAUUUGUCGUGUCGUCCGUUUGGGACGCGAGAAAUGAGAAGAAUUCGGACUCGGUGCCGAUCAGGUUCGGCCUCACGGUGGCCGUGCUGGCGAUGGGAGUCGGGCCCUACACCGGUUGCAGCAUGAAUCCCGCGAGGUCGUUCGCGCCAGCGGUAUGGAACAACCAGUGGAAGCAUCACUGGGUCUACUGGUUCGGCCCGAUCGGCGGCGCUCUCAUUUCCUCGUUCAUGUACAGAACUAUUUUCGGCGUUUCCGACAAGGAAGUCGAGGAAGAGGAGCCCGAAGUACCUGAAGCUGUCGCGCUUAACAGCGUGGAUGCACACAAAACGGAGCAGCCCUAACUCGCCGGCGGGACGGAAACGACCGAGGUGACGGACGGUAAGAAGCUGAAACUCGGCCGACGCUUUCUCAACGCGAGGAAAACCUUCCGGACUUUCGGGGGGGAUAGGUAAGAUAGGUGCUUUAGAAUGCACGGGCGAUUCAACGGGCGGUUCCAGAUGGCCCAGGCUCGCGGGGGAAGCUUCCGAAGCUCAACCAGGAUAUACUCAAGACCCCCGAGAUACACGGGAUAGACAAUCGUCUCGAUUCGGCCGUCGAAUUGUAACGCGUUAGGCCUGGCUUUGCCAAACGUCGCUUAACUUCAAUCCUGGUUUAAUUCACGCGCGCCUCUUUCCAAGUUAACAGUUAAAAAAAGACCAAGAACGAAUUAAGCCAAGCCUAAAGUUAAACGAUGUGAAACCGGGCCUUAGUCGUCAACUGACACAGCAGUCAUCGCGUUUACGUAUCGCGUACAGUCGCAAGACGUUUUCUCGUUAGCUCUGGAAAUGCGCACCAUUGCGAAUCGUCACCUUCGACGGUUCGGUCUAAAUUUUAAUCGAUUUCAACGUGAAUGUGGCCCAAUCAACGGUACAUCUUCGGUUUAAUUGACUCCGAUCGAGUCCAGCGUGAUGUCUGUUUAUUUAUUUAGAAAUGUCGACUGUCCCGAUACGAGAUUCUCGUGUGAUGCGUGAAAGCAUAUCUUGACACAGUGCCCUCGUAAUCGCGAUCAAGCGUCAAUUGUAAUGUGAAAUGUGAAAUUAAUUCCGAGUAGGCCGUUACCACUUUCUCUCUGUAAUAUAGUGUAUAUUCGUUUGUUAUAAAUGUCUCGAUUAUCUACACUGAGGGGAAAAAAAAGUUAUUGAAAUGGUUAAAUGCAGUUAGUCGGCGGUGUUUAUUUAGUUAAAAAAUAUCCGGUUUUUUUGUGUUAAACAUACAGCGAUUUAUCGAAACGUAUUUUUUUUAAUUGACGAAUAUUUUUUACGAAUUGAUAAAUGUUUACUUGGCAGACCGUGAUCGCCGCGUAUAGAUGAAUGAAUCAAGAGGCAUUUCUUGAUUCAACACUUCUUUCUUUCCUCAAUGUAGAAGAGUUUAUUGCGCGUGUGUGUAUAUACAUUUAUAUUUGCUUUCUCUUUGUAUCGCACUAUACAUAUGCAUUAGAGAUAAAUUACACAUCUGCGCUCCGGUGAGAAUGGAUGAUGGCGAGGAAAUAAAUUUGAAAAGUCAUGUCACACCUAGUCAUGCGCGCGUACGCGCUAACUUUUAUAACAUUGAAUUGGACAACAAAUAAAAUCAUCUACCAUACGAA